AUGGGCAAAAUUAUGAAACCCGGAAAGGUCGUCCUUGUCCUCCGUGGCAAGUAUGCUGGUCGCAAAGCUCUGGUCGUGAAGGCUCACGAUGAAGGAUCUACCGAUAGACCAUACCCACAUGCCAUUAUUGCUGGUAUUGACAAAUAUCCCCUUAAGGUCACCACCAAAAUGGGAAAGAAGAAGGUUGAGAAGAGAAGCAAGCUCAGACCUUUCGUCAAGGUUGUUUCUUACACCCACGUUCUCCCAACCAGAUAUGUUGUCGAUGUCUCCUUCGAUAAGGCUAACAUCAACAAGGAAGCUCUCAAGGUCCCAACCAAGAAGAGAAGAGCCGUACGUGAAGUCAAGGCUAAAUUCGAGGAACGCUACAAGUCUGGAAAGAACUUGUGGUUCUUCACCAAGCUCCGCUUCUAA